CCAUAAUGAGACUCUUUAAAGCUGCUGCUCCAUACAGAAUAUUAAUCUAGUCGCAGGGAUCUGGACUUUGGAAAUACGCAGUACUUUUGAAACGAGUGGCGCGGCUGCAUUUCGGCGUUCUCAUCCAUUUUUGUGGACUUACUUUCAUUUUGCGAGCAAACCGUAAGGAAACAUCAUGCUGCUCCUCUUACUGGGAAUCGUCGUCUUGCAUGUGGCAGCACUGGUUCUGCUCCUGGUGUCCACUAUAGUCAGUGCAUGGGCUGUUAACCCCAACAGCAGUUCAGACCUCUGGACAAACUGCACCUCAAUCAAUAAUGACUACAGAUGUGAGCCUGCUGACACUGGAGUUUGGAUCCAGGCAGUCCAAGCUCUCAUGAUCCUGUCAAUCAUCUUCAGCUUCCUGUCUCUCUUCCUGUUCUUCUGCCAGCUCUUUACGCUUCAGAAGGGUGGACGCUUCUUCCUCACUGGAGCAUUCCAGAUCUUUGCUAGUCUUUUUGUUAUGAGUGGAGCUAUCAUUUAUACGGUAAUGAACGUCGAGUGGGUCCCCGAGACAGAGUUCUAUGGCUUUUCCUACAUCUUGGCCUGGGUAGCCUUCCCUCUGGCGCUCAUAAGCGGGUUAAUCUACGUCAUUUUGAGAAAACGAGAGUGAGGUGGCACCGCCCUCUUUUGGCCGCUACCUGGAAAUACAGCUUUGAAGCCAAAGUAUCGCACUGCAUCCACAGAGAAGUGAAAUCACGCAGUAUCUUCACCCAGGGGUCAGUCAAAAUCAACGCCACUGCCACCCCAAAAAGACAUAUUCAAUACUGUCAUCAUUUGAAGAUGUAUAUAGUAUCUAUGGUUUAAAACCUAUUUAUAACACUUUUUACAUAUAUGUACAUAGUAUUUUAUGUUUGCUCUGUUGACAAAGAACCUCUGAAGAGCUUUUCUUUUAGCUAAUUAAGUGCCUAGAGUGUGUGUUUGUCGCAGAAACGUGCAUCAUCAUUAGCCAUAAUCUGUGUUUGUGUCUUUUUUUCUUUCCUUAUACGGCCAAAAAUACUUAUAAAAAGGUUUUUGAUGUAUUUUAACCAAAGUGCAUGUAUUCAAUUAUAGGGACAAUGAAAGGAAGUGUUUUCAAUGAAGCUGCAUUGAGAAUUCAUAAAUGAAGUAACUUAAAGGGAUAGUUCACCCAAAAAUGAAAAUUCUGUGAUCAUUUACUCACCCUCAAGUUUUUCCAAACCUGUAUGAAUUUCUUUCUUCUGCUGAACACAAAAGAAGAUAUUUUGAAGAAUGUCGGUAACCAAACAGUUGAUGGUUCCCCUUUGACUUCCAUAGCAUUUUUUUCCCCAUACUAUGGGGAUGAAAGAAUAUUCAUUUUGGGUGAACUGUCCCUUUAAAUACCAAGGUUAGACUGGCAGUGUUGAAAGCUUUUUUUUUUUCUUUUUUUUUAAUAGUUUCUUUGUUUUCCAACAAAAAAAAUGGUGCUAUCUAUUUACCAUUCCUUUCACUAAUAGCCAUUUAGCCUUUAUUUAGAAGGACAUAACAUGACUGAAAGUCAAAAUCAGAAUGCCAUUGAAUAUAUUGUGCUUGUGCCUAUAACACAAUGCUGUAUAUACAUUACUCACCAAAAAGGUUCAUUUUAUAAUAAAACAAAGAAAAUGUGUUCUGAGUAACACUGGGUUAUUAGUUUAGUCUUGGGAGAUUGUGAUGGAGGAAUUGUAGUAAAAACAGACCAGGAACUAUUGAUUUUAGUUGGAUUUAGUUACUUUUAAAAGCAGUAUUAGCAGCAGGAUUUGAGAAAGGCAGUGAUUCAUUUAAACAGUAAUGUUGCUUGUAUGCUGCAUUCAAAUCCAAUUCAGAUGUAUAAUGUUUGAUGGGUUUAAUCACAUGUUGUCACAAUCAACAGUUGAGGCAAACACCCUUCAUAUUCAUAUCAGAUGUGCAUAAAAAUAUAAAAUAAAAUGAAGGAACAUGAAAUAAUGGUAGUUUUUUCCAAGCAUCAGAAUGACAGCUCACAGUCCCCUUGUAUAUUGCGCAAUAUAUCCAGAAAAAACAUUUAAAGGCAUUGAAGUGGCAGUUUUGUUGGGUGAGAAAUGUGUUAUGAACUGACCACUGAUAACAUGAUGGUGGACACAUCGUAACACCUGCAUGCAUUGGAAACACUUUUCAAUACUUGAAAUAUAACAUGCUGCAAUGUCUACCAUCUUGAGAUGCUUUGUUUCUACUCACAGUAACUCUCAACGUACUGUAAUAGCAUGUGAUUGUAUUAAAAGACUCAUUACUUACAAUUAAAGGCCCUAUUCUGAGGACCAUGUAUUAGAUUGCUUCUCCUGCAACACCAAAAACAAUAAAUGAUGUUUUGUUAUGAUGAACGGAACAUGUUGCCUGUUUUCAUGGUUGUAGUGAAUAGUGUUCAUCUGAUGAAUGUCGGACUAAAUCCCGUUCUGCUUUUUAUUUUCUUUGACUGAACAAAAAACCUUUAUGCUGCUGCAGAAUAAUUUAUUUUAGCAGCAAUAAAACAGUUUCUUGUGUGUAAAGGGAUUUCUGUAUGUAGUGAUUAAUAAUCCCCUUAAAAAUAUCAAUAUAUAAUCAAUACAGUAUGUGGUCUGUUCUGACAUGGGACCAGCACUAGAAAAAUGUUGCAUGUGCUCAUUUCCCAACAUUAACACAUUUUAGACUGUAAUUGUUACUUGAUAUUGUAAGACUAAAACAUGAAAAAACAACUCAGUAGUUUUGUAUUCAUUUGAUCUGGCUAAACAGUGUAAUGUUUGUAUUUAAUUGAAUUUCUGAAAACACCUGUACUGUAAGUUGUGUCUGAAGGAGUGUGAGCUCUGAUGAAGACUUCAUUCACGAGAACCCAACUCUGUGCCUCUGACUCGCUUCUCUCAUCAAAGCUUGUGUUUGUGUGUUUAUUAAAAGCUAUUAAAAAGAAAUACUGCUUGCCAGAAAAA